AUGGAUUCGUUUGAAGUAGCUAGUCAGUUCUCAACUAUACUACGAAACCUAACACCGCAGCAGCAACAACUAUCAAAAGCUAUCUACUUUGCUUUGAAAAAUGCCGAUAAAGAAGAUUACAUUGUGCCUACUUUAUUGAGUGUUUUGGAGGACCCCAAGUUAGAUUUGAAUUUAAAGUCAUUUAUUUUUCAAUUUAUUGACCUUUUGAUGCAAGAGAGCUUUAACAACCUGAGAUACAAUAAUGCUUAUAUCCAAAGCUUGAAGAGCAAGUUGCCACAAAUCGUGGAACUGGUGUGUCCCUUGAAUAACUCAUCUAAUUUAAUGGUUGCAUACACAUGUCUAUGCCAUAUACUGACAAGGUUUAAAGUUGAUUGCGAACACUACAAAGCGGAUUUCCAAACAAGCUCACUUGAUGAUCUUGUAAAUAAGUCACUAGAUGUUGAUAGUAGUGAAGAUACAUUGGUGUCAGCGUGGAAGAUUUUGUUACAACGCUCGAGAGCUAGUAAAAAGGACCGCAAGAAGCUUCUCGAAGAGGAUAGCGUUACCAAAGAGAAUAUGGAAGAGGACCAAAUAUUCAAUAUUAGAAAGAAAAACGACCCAAAUACCCAGUAUCUAACAAAGAAGCAGAUCAUUACAAGGAUCGAAGAUGACCGAGAAACGCAUAAACGAUUAAAAGAAAACAAAUGGUGUGUCAAUCGUGAUAAAGGCGCCAAGUUUAUUACUGAGAAUGAAUUUAUCAACAAUUACUGGAACAAAUGUCACCCUUUGACAUCGGAAGAAAAUGCUGAGUUUUUAGCAAAUCUCAAAGAGUUAAAUGGCAUGGUAUUGCUGAGCUAUAAGGACAAACAGUUUUAA